AUGACCAAGAGCCUUUAUUAUUGCGACGAUGGUGGGGGUUGGAACGAACGCAAGCCUUCAAAUUUGCCGGCCUUUUCCCCGAAAACGAUCACCUUGUGUAAUGUGGAUCUCGACCGCGCUGAUUUAGCCGAGGUGGACAAGUUAAAUGAGCUGCUGACGAUUCACACGCCGGCGAUCGUGAUCGCGCACAGCGUUUCCCACGCCUUCCUCACGCGGAUCAAGGCCCUCAACACAAUACGCAAAGGCUAUGCGCUUCUAGAGACCAACCACGUCACGUUACACGAGGAAGGCACCAUCGCCCUGCUCCGGCUUGGGUUGCAAUGGGAACCGACGGAGUUGAUGGCGAAACCGGAGGGGAAAAACCCCAUUCGCGCGUUGCUGCAGAUCUCCAGCCGCCUGCCCGGGGGGUUGAUGCUGAACAUCACCGUCAUCCACAUCGAGCAUCGCCUGUUAUCGCAGCGCCGCCUGCAAAUCGUCGGGGCCCUGCUCAAAGCCCCGAGCAACGCGAACGAAUCGGUAGUGUCGAUGUUGAUCAGCAACGUCGCGGAUGCGUCCGAUUACAACGAGGAAUACCACCGCGAGCUGCAAACCCUGCGCGCGAAUGUGGGCUUUGUGGAUAUGCUGGAGGAGGUCGCCGACAAGCACGUGGCGACGAUGCCGUGGUCGAUGUUCAUGAAAAGCGCGAAGUUCGCGCCCGUCUCGCCGUUUGCGGAGAUGCCUCGUGGGCAGGAGCCCCGCCUGCUCGGCUGCUCCAUCGCCCAACGCACGGCGAACGCGCUGCAGACGAUCGCGAUUCCAAUGCCCCGCAGCGCGAAGACGGGGUGCGGGAAAAGCCCCACCCUUUCCGCCGCCACCCCGAAUCAGGCGCUCGCCGAUCCCGUGAUUUUAAGCGUGGAGGCGGCGAAAGGAGGAGGGGGAGGGGGCGCCUCCACGACGGCCUCCGCGACGACGCCCGCCGCCGGGGCGGAUCUUUUUGCCCGCCUGAUGCAAUCCCAAUCGCCCUCCCAGCCGCACGCGCGUUGGAAGGCCUCGAAUUCCUUCCAACUCAAAGGCAACGACGCGAAGUUGUCGAACGUGGAAGGGGUGUUGGAUGCCUCGGCGCUUUUUGGAUCCGUGAAUGAGGCGGUGGAGGCCCUCAACACGCGGGCGUUCGCCUGGCCGGCGGAGUACUGCGUCGUCCACCACACCGUCCUCUGCGCCGAGGGCGUGAAGCACGCGGAUCGCCAGGGAUUUCGACGAUACGCGCGCGAGGUGAAAGGGAAUCCGGGGCUCGCGGCGCAGAUCUACAACGCCCUCUCGACCUACGCCGCGGGAGGGGGUGGGGGUUAUGCCGGGAAUCACACCUCCACGGAAGGGAGUGGGAAUGGCGGGGUCGCGAAGGCAUGGGUGAAGCCGUCGCGGGCGGAGAUGGAGGAGUUCAAUGCCUUCCAACGGCAGUUGAAGCGGGAGGAGGUGUCGCGGCGGGAGUGGCAUGAGUCGUGCUGCACGAUCGUCUACCAGCUCACGUCAAGUGAAAUGAAUAAGUUUAACAUCACACCCCAGAUUGGGCUGGGGAAGGAUAAUUUGAAGAAAGCCGUGCACUAUUUGAAUCGCGCGAAGAUGAAUAUCAAGGAUAAUCCGCUACAAGACUACGCCUACGACUACGCGCUUUUGUUUUCUGUUGAACGGCAGGGGUACUGGCUCCUUGCGGCCACACACGUACCAUGUGAUAUUGUUGCUUGCAGAAUGGUUGCUUGA